GUUUGCACCACACAAAUACAUAUACCUAUAUGAUACAUGAUGAGAUCGGAGACGUUGACUUUAGUUCUGGUUAAUCUCGCCGGAAUAAUGGAGCGCGCCGACGAGUCGCUGCUGCCUGGAGUCUACAAGGAAGUCGGCGCGGCGCUCCACGCCGACCCAACCCGGCUCGGCUCGCUCACGCUGUUCAGAUCCAUCGUGCAGUCGGCUUGCUACCCGCUCGCCGCCUACUUCGCCGUCCGCCACAACCGCGCCAAAGUCAUCGCCGCCGGAGCUUUGCUCUGGGCCGGCGCAACUUUUCUUGUCGCCAUUUCCUCCACUUUUGCGCAGGUAGCAAUAUCCCGUGGCCUAAAUGGGAUAGGACUCGCCAUAGUAACGCCGGCGAUAAAAUCUCUAGUCGCUGAUUCGACCGACGAGAGCAACCGCGGCACCGCCUUCGGGUGGCUACAGCUCACCGGAAACCUCGGGUCCAUCAUCGGAGGUCUAAUCUCCGUCCUUAUCGCCUCCACCUCAUUUCUCGGAAUCCCUGGUUGGCGACUUGCCUUCCAUCUAGUCGCUCUUCUAAGCGUGCUCAUUGGAUUCCUUGUCUAUUUUUUUGCCAAUGACCCUCGAUUUUCUAGAGCAACAAAAGACAAUGCAAUGCACAAAUCAUUUAGCGAAGAACUAAAGGACGUAUUCAAGGACGCAAAACUCGUGUUAAAAGUGCCUUCGUUUCAAAUACUUGUUGCGCAAGGUGUCUCGGGAUCAUUUCCUUGGUCAGCAUUAUCGUUUGCGCCAAUGUGGUUGGAGCUCAUGGGAUUCUCCCAUAGGACAACCGCGGUUAUUUGGACCAUGUUCAAUGUUGCGGGAUCUCUAGGAGGGUUGUUUGGGGGAAAGAUGGGCGACGUGCUCGCCAAACGGUUGCCUAACGCGGGGAGGAUUAUUCUCUCGCAAAUAAGUUCCGGCUCGGCGAUCCCUUUGGCUGCAAUUCUAAUGCUAGGCUUGCCCGAUGAUCCUUCCACGGCGUUCUUGCACGGUUUCAUGUUCUUCGUCAUGGGAUUGUUCAUUUCUUGGAAUGCUCCGGCGACAAAUAAUCCAAUAUUUGCAGAGAUAGUCCCCAAGCGAACGAGAACAAGCAUUUAUGCGCUGGAUAAGUCAUUUGAGUCAAUAUUGUCGUCGUUUGCUCCUCCCGUGGUUGGAAUUCUUACUCAGCACGUGUACGGCUACAAGCCGAUCCCUAAGACCUCGAGAGAUGAAGUGAGCAUCGAGACGGACAGAGAAAAUGCAGCAUCGCUCGGGAAGGCACUCUACACUGCAAUCGGCAUCCCUAUGCUGAUAUGUUGCACAAUCUACUCGUUUCUCUAUUGUGCGUACCCAAGGGAUCGAGAUCGAGCUAAAAUGGAUGCAUUGGCGGAGACUGAACACGAGAGGAUCGAAUUAGCGAAGAAUGAUGGUUUAGCUGAGCAUGAUCCAGAAAAUUUUUAUGCUGCGAAACCGGAUGAGCUAAAUGCAAAGGAUGUUGAAGGACACGGCGCAACGGAUUUUGAAGAGAGCGAUCAACAGCGGCUACUUGCUCGGGAGCCUACGUUGUCCGGCACCGGAAAAUUGUAGCGAUGAAGAUUUCUGGGAAGCUAGAGAGUUCAUUAUUCGAGUGGUAAGCAUGUGAUUGAAAUGGAUACAACAAAUUAAUUAAAUUCAGUUCAAUGCAGCACAACCGCAGAAUCAGAAUGUAAGUGUUGAUGUAGUUUUUCAACAAAAAUAAAGUAAAAUUCAAAGAUAUAGAAAAUAUCCUUAAACUUGAUUAA